AUGGAUGUAUUUGGGAUCUUUAUCUCUCCAUUCGUACAAGCUAUGGUUGAUAAAUUGUCCUCUUUUUUUAGCAACUUAAUGAGCACAUCGGACGUUGGCACUGGCAUCCAGAAUCUAAAGAAGGCAUUAGAGGAUUUAGAGACUCAGUUGGCUGAUGCAGAGAACAAACAGAUAUACCACAAGGAUAUCAAAAAGUGGCUUGACGAGGUUUACCAUUUGGCUUACGAUGCAGAUGACAUAUUGGAUGAUUUUGCCACUGAAGAUCUUGAAAGGAAGCUAAUGGCGGAGGAGACGACGAUGGGAAGAAGACCAGCUAAGUUUCCACGUCUCUCUUCUAUUGUUCCAUUCAAUUUAAAAACUGGGUCAAAACUAAAUGAGAUUACUAGUCAAUUACAAGAAGUUGCUACAAAAGGAAAAGAUAUUGGUUUAGAUAAAAGACUUGUUGGGAGGAUGUCCACAGAUCUAUGGCAGAGAUCACAAACUACAUGUUUGAAGGAGCCUCACAUUCAUGGCAGAGAUGAAGACAUCAAGCAAAUUAUGGAAUUGCUACUUGGGGAUGCAUCUACUGGAAUUUUUUUUGAUGUAAUUCCUAUUGUAGGCAUGGGUGGGAUCGGCAAGACUACACUAGCUCAGCACAUUUACAAUGAUGGCCGAGUGGAAAAUCAUUUCAAUCUAAAAGCAUGGGUAUGUGUAUCUGAUGACUUUGAAGUAAUGAGAAUAACAAAGGCAAUUCUCGAGUCGUUCACUCACGGUUCAUGUAAUUUAAGUAACUUAAAUGAGGUUCAAGUUCAACUUAGCAAAACUUUGGCAGGGAAAAAGUUUUUGCUUGUCCUAGAUGAUGUGUGGGACUAUGGACAUGAUGGGUGGAAUUUGUUACAAUCCCCAUUUGGAGCUGGAGCACCUGGAAGUAAAAUCAUUGUGACAACGCGAAACAGAGGUGUUGCAAAGCAGAUGGGAAUGGAUAAAUAUCACAAUUUGCACAACUUAUCGUAUGGUGAUUGUUGGUUAAUCUUUUCCCAACAUGCAUUUCAGAACAGAAAUAUUGAGGAACACAAAGAAUUGGAAUCAAUUGGUAAGAAAAUUGUUGAGAACAGGUGCAGAGGCUUACCCUUGGCAGCGAGGGCCCUUGGCAGCUUAUUGUGCUGUAAACAAGAAGAACAUGAAUGGAAAGAGAUACUAAACAACAAUAUAUGGAAUGAGGAAAGUGGCAUUCUCACAGCAUUGAAAUUGAGCUACCUUCAUCUCCCUGUCCAUUUGAAGAGGUGCUUUUCCUACUGUGCAAUUAUCCCAAAGGACUACGAAUUCAUGGAGGAGGAAUUAGUCUUGCUAUGGAUGGCUGAAGGUUUAAUUGAGUAA